CCAAGUUAGAAAAAAGCUUUUACGAGGUAUCAGCACUUUUCUUUCAUUAGGGGGAAGGCGUGAGGAAAGUACCAAACAGCAGCAGACUUUUAAACUUUAAAUAGACAGGUCGGAGUGCCCGAACUUGCCUGUUCAUUUUACUUCGUCCUCCAAGGAGUUCAAUCACUUGGCGUGCCUACUUCACUUCUUUUAGGCGAACAAGUGGUGCCCAGGCAACAUGGGUGACUGGAGUGCCUUAGGCAAGCUCCUGGACAAAGUCCAAGCCUACUCCACUGCUGGGGGAAAGGUGUGGCUGUCAGUCCUAUUCAUUUUCCGAAUCUUGCUCCUGGGGACAGCAGUUGAGUCAGCUUGGGGUGAUGAGCAGUCUGCCUUUCGUUGUAACACUCAGCAACCUGGUUGUGAAAAUGUCUGCUACGACAAGUCCUUCCCAAUCUCCCACGUGCGCUUUUGGGUCUUGCAGAUCAUAUUUGUGUCUGUACCCACACUCUUGUACUUGGCUCAUGUGUUCUAUGUGAUGAGAAAGGAAGAGAAACUGAACAAGAAAGAGGAGGAACUCAAAGUUGCCCAAACUGAUGGUGUCAACGUGGAGAUGCACCUGAAGCAGAUUGAGAUAAAGAAGUUCAAGUAUGGUAUUGAAGAACAUGGGAAGGUGAAAAUGCGAGGGGGCUUGCUGCGAACCUACAUCAUCAGUAUCCUCUUCAAGUCUGUCUUCGAGGUGGCCUUCUUGCUGAUCCAAUGGUACAUCUAUGGAUUCAGCCUGAGUGCCGUUUACACCUGCAAAAGAGACCCCUGCCCACAUCAGGUGGACUGCUUCCUCUCUCGCCCCACUGAGAAAACCAUCUUCAUUAUCUUCAUGCUGGUGGUGUCGUUGGUGUCUCUUGCCUUGAAUAUCAUCGAACUCUUCUAUGUCUUCUUCAAGGGCGUUAAGGAUCGUGUGAAGGGAAAGAGUGAUCCUUACCAUGCCACCACUGGCCCGCUGAGCCCCUCCAAAGACUGUGGAUCUCCAAAAUAUGCUUAUUUCAAUGGCUGCUCUUCACCAACUGCUCCCCUCUCACCCAUGUCUCCUCCCGGGUACAAGCUGGUCACUGGCGACAGAAACAAUUCUUCUUGCCGCAAUUACAACAAGCAAGCAAGUGAGCAAAACUGGGCUAAUUACAGUGCAGAACAAAACCGAAUGGGGCAGGCAGGAAGUACCAUCUCCAACUCCCAUGCACAGCCUUUUGAUUUCCCGGAUGAUAACCAGAAUUCUAAAAAACUAGCUGCUGGACAUGAACUACAGCCACUAGCCAUUGUGGACCAGCGACCUUCGAGCAGAGCCAGCAGUCGUGCCAGCAGCAGACCUCGGCCUGAUGACCUAGAGAUCUAGCUGCAGGCUUGAGCAUCAAGAUUCCACACAAUUGUGGAGGAGAAAAAAGGUGCUGUAGAAAGUGCACCUUAGGUGUUAAUUUUGUUCCAGUGGAGGUGGUACUCAACAGCCUUCGUUUUGAGGCUUAGGCAACAAACACAAAGACAGUAGAAUUCUUAGGUUCAUGGGGGGUGUCUGUGAUAGGAGGGUGGAAAGGGAGGGAAUCGGGGUGGGGUACAUGGCGGUAUUUAAUCUAGUGGAUUCAAAGAACUUAAAAUUCUAAGUAAGAGUUGCAUUAGGUGAUAAUAGUAAGGGCUUUUUCUCCCCCACACACCCCUUAGAAUGGUUCUGUGUAUGUGAAAGAGUGGGUGAUAACUGUGGCUAAAGAUUUUGCUUUGUUUUACCAAGAAACUGAAAUAACUUUAGCAAGGAUUAAAUUCUUCCUGAACAUCUGACUUCCUUUGGACAAGGAAAAGACAGGAUUCUCUUUAAGUCCCUGCUAAGACAUUCCAUUUUAAAAGUUUGCACUUUGAAGGUAAGCUUUCUAGGCCUGACCCUCCAGGUGUCAACAGACUUUUGCUACUAUAUUUUUUUAUUCUUGGUAUCAAUCAAAAAUUCAGACAAGGCCCACAGAAAGAUUUUCCAUGCAUUUGCAAUGCAUUUGCAUCUCAGCCAGUUCUGUGCAUUAAAUUUUACAUCCACUUUCAUCAUAUCAUUACCAUCACUUAUUUUCAUCAUUCCUCAACUACUAUUCACAUUCAUUUAAUGGUUUCUGUAAACAUUUUUAAACCAGUUGGGAAGUCACUAAAAAUUUUUUUUAGUUAGUCAGGGAAGUAAGCCAUGCUCAAUAUUUAACAGUCACUUGUACGUGUGUGUGUGUGUGUAAGAGUGUGUUUUAUUUGUCAUGUAUUGGUACAAGCAGAUUCAGUAUAAACUCACAAACACAGAUUUGAAAAUAAUGCACACACAGUGUUCAAAUUUGAACUUUUCUCAUGGAUUUUGUGGUGUGGGCCAACAUGGUGUUUACAUUAUAUAAUUCCUGCUGUGCAAGUAAAGCACAUUUUUUCCCCCUAAAGUGUUUCCCCCCUGUGUAUCCUAUUAUGGAUACUGAUUUUGUUAAUUAUGAUUCUUAUUCUUUUUUUUCUCUAUUUUUAGAAUAUAGCAGUGAUGCUAUUACUGAAAUGAAUGAUUUCCUUUUUCUGAAAUGUAAUCAUUGAUGCUUGAAUGAUAGAAUUUUAGUACUGUAAACAGGCUUUAGUCAUUAAUGUGAGAGACUUAGAAGAAAUGCUUAGAGUGAACUAUUAAGUGUGCCUAAAUGAAUUUUGCAGUAACUGGUAUUUUUGGUUUUGUCCUACUUAAUACACAUUAGUUCAGAACUUGUAGCCUACUAUAUGAGUUUGACAGCCUAUGGGAAUGACCAGCAACUUUAAUGUUUGCACUAAGAUUUUAUUCAGAAUGCAAAGGAGGUUGAAAGAAGUUUCAGUAGUACACAUGUAACUAAUUUAUUUGAACUGUAUGUUAAAGAUAUCUACCAGUUUCUACAAAUGUCUUUAAAAGUCAUCAUAGAUGAUUGGUGAAAAUGUUGAAUCAUACUUUUGUUGCACACCAGCUACAUAAACAGUUUUGUACAAUGAAAAAUACUAAUUUGUUUGACAUUCCAUGUUAAACUACUGUCAUGUUCAGCUUCAUUGCAUGUAAUGCAGUCCUGGUCCAUCAUCAGAUCAUGUAUUCUGGAGAGUGUUCUUUAUUCAAUAAAGUUUUAAUUUAGUAUAAA